ACGGUUUAAAUUCAUCACUAAGUAGAGAGAGGUUGACUGCUAUGAUAAAGGUAGAUAGGGUCAUCGAAAGGGGACUUUAAGGCCUCAUUAGUGGGUAAAAUGGCGGCCGUGGUUGACAGAGAUGGGUUCCGUGUUCGCAAAGCAAGCAUGUGUGAUGCAGACGACAUCUGGGGAAUUGUCAGAGAGGAAGGAUGGAGACCUUACAGUCUGCAGCUGAUCAAGGCGUAUAUUGAAAUCGCCAAAGAUGGGUGGUGGGUUGCUGAAAUUGACGGCGAAAUUAUUGGUUGUGUCAUGUUGUAUAGUUUCAACGAAACAAGUACUUUCCUUGGUAUUUUGAUAGUGAAAUCAAAACACAGAGGCAAGGGGAUUGCUAGAGCAUUAAACGCAGAAGCAGACAGAUUGGCCGCCGGAAGAACGAUCAGUCUUAUCGGAAGUGAAGCGGUGAUCCCAAUGUAUCUAAAAUGGGGCUAUAAAAAAUCUUUGCGUGGUGGUGUUGGCAAAUACAUGGUCACUAUCAAAAGAAUUCCCCUCGCUGAAGCCGCAGAGUCCAAAUAUGAAAUUAAAGAUUAUUCGGAGGUUGAUUGGAAAGCCAUAUUGGACUACGACACCUCUUUCCAUGCCAUUCCAAGAGAACAUGUUCUCAAAACUUGGUUUGGAAUUGAAGAUGCCCAGACCAAAGUUUUGCUGCAAGAUGGAGAAAUUGCCGGUUACGGCACCAUAAUGCCUGCGAAUGAUGGGUUCGCUGUCAGUCCUCUGUAUGGAGAGACUGCUGAAGCCUGUUUGGUCCUCUUAAAAAGACUCGUUGCCCCUCUACCGCCUACGUCGCCCGCGUAUCUCACAAUCCCGGACUCUAGCCAAGCUGGUCAAAUACUACUUGAGGCCAACGCUGACACGACCAAGCAAACAAUGUAUGGGCAUGCGUUGGAGACCGGAGAUUCUCCACCUCUUCCUAAGUGGUCCAAUGCAAUGUCUUUAAUAUCUGUGUCCUUUUGCUUUUUGUAACA